GGCAGCCUACGCGCACAGAGUCAACCGUGAUGUUUAUUAAGAUAAUACACAUUAUAUAAUAAUAUACUGUGUCUGUUUUUUACUGAUUCUCUUGAUUGAACCCAUAAAGCCACGGAGCAACGGUUGUCAACGGGUCGUGUGACGUGAGCGACGGAUACUGGGAAAUCUCCAUAUCUCAUUAUCUUCUUGUUUCGUGAUCAAUAAAGCGUCAGUCAGUGAACGAGCAGAGAGUCAGAUCCGAAGACGACAGUGCUUGCUGUAAAAUGGCAGCAGCUCCCCGGCUAACGAUCGCCGUACUACUGGCGACGAUACUAUACGUGCAAUCGUACACGUUACGGGACUUGGGAAGUCAAGAAGACAAUUGGGCGAAGGAUGAAGCAGAGCCUUUUUUGGAAGAUACCGGAAUACUGACCGCCACGAUUGGGAUGCCAAACGUGGAGCCGUUAGAGGAUGAUAUGUACAUCUGUACCGGCGUGUCUUUACCAGACGAUCCCGCAUACAUAGUCGGUAUACAUCCUGAUGUCACGUCUGACGCUGUAAAUCGUAUCUGGCUCAUUGGAUGUCCCAAAUCACAAGCCAAACCAGACACUGCAUGGUCAUGCAAUCCAGACGAGCCGUCCAGCGUUUGUGAUGGGCCGGCACUCGUCACUUAUAAAUGGUCACGAGAUAGUUGCCCUAACUAUCUCGCGAAAGGCGAGAUUCUCACAGUUGGUGGUAAUUAUAUCGAGAAUUUGGUCCUCAUGGUUCACUACGUCACAGGAGGGGAUAUCGACGACUCUGGCGUAACGCUGAAGAUGAUGCCAGAUACAUUUCCUAGAGAUGACGUCAUGGUGAUGAUGAAAUAUUAUGGUGCCACCCUGAUCUCAGAUUCAUGCGAAGAUAGCGACGAUACGUACGAGUUUGAUCUAGAGUCUUCAAUGUAUGAAGGUUACGAUUAUCCAUCGAAGGAGCUGGAAGAGAUUGCAGAAGAAGAGGAAGACAUGGCAGAGGAAGAACAAUAUCCUAAUGACGUCAUCGACGCAAGUUCUGACGAUGGUGAUUUAGAUGAUUUAAUAGUUGUUCCCGAUUGGCCUAAAUAUAAUCUUAGUUUGGGACAGAUUGGUGGGAUUGGGACAGACAAACGUGGAAAUCUGCUUGUAUUUCACCGGGCUGAGAGACAGUGGACAGCGGAUUCUUUUGACGAGGACAACGUUUUCCAAGAGGGAGACUUGGGACCAAUCAAUAAUGACGUUGUUUUUGAGCUGGAAUCAAAUUCUGGAAAACUGGUACAAUCUUGGGGUGCAGAUCAAUUUUACAUGCCACAUGGUUUGACCGUCGACCACGAGGGUAAUAUCUGGCUAACAGAUGUCGCUAUGCAUCAGGUAUUUAAAUUCCCACCAGAGGGCGGGGAUGAGCCAUUGCUGGCAUUGGGUGAUAGGAUGCAACCUGGAAAUGACGACGGGCAUUUCUGUAAACCAACUGAUGUUGCCGUUGAAAGUAAAACAGGGAAUUUCUUUGUAGCCGAUGGCUACUGUAACAGCCGUAUAAUGAAGUUCAACCCAGAGGGUGAACUGAUAAUGAAGUGGGGAGAACCAUCAGCAGAGAAGAAUCAUGCAGCAGUAGGCACCUUUGAUAUCCCACACAGUCUGGCAUUAGUGGAGAAAUAUCAAAUGAUAUGUGUAGCGGAUAGAGAGAAUGGCCGAAUCCAGUGUUUUGACAGUAACACGGCUGAGUUUCAGUUCCAGAUUACUCUGCCUGAGUUUGGUGGCAAAAUGUAUGCCAUUGAGUACAACCCCCAGCAAGACGUGAUAUAUGCAGUGAAUGGCGAGAACUUUGAAGACCAAAUUGUGCAAGGAUUUACAAUUGAUUAUAAACAGAAGGAAGUGAUUGGUACAUGGAAACCAUCCAGUCAGGGAUUCGACACCCCGCACGAUGUGACCUAUUCUCCACAAUCGUUGUAUUCACCGCAGUCUGUGUACGUCGGUGAAAUCGGACCCAACACUGUAUGGAAAUUCAGAGAAGACGUCAUGGAGAGAAAAAUCAGAGCUAUGUAGUAGAUUACAACCAGACCAGAAGAUUUGACAUUCCCGCCUAAACCACGAUUACACUGACCCAUAGUUUAGUCAAGAUUAUAUUAUUAAGAACGCAGUGUAUAUGGAGUUGGUUUGGGCGUGGCUCUUGCAUCAAAUACAUAUCAUGUAUGUCUUUAACUGUUAAUAUGAAAUGCAGUUAGUUUUUAAAUCAGUGUACAUAAGUGCAAAUGUGAGAUGUACUCAUACAGUGGUGUGUUGUCAUUUGACUGGUAUGCCUCGGCAAGAUUUAUAACUUAUGUUUCGAAAUAUUCAAAAGGUUUUUUUAAACUCCACAAAUGUGCCAUAAAAGUAAAUACAUGGUUUUGUUCAAAUUUUUCGCUAACCGUAUUCUCUAUAUAAGUAUGCUAUAACGUAUUUAGCGGUCUCAUAAUAUGCUCAGACACAUCAACUUUGGCGUCAGGGCGAUGUUCACUAGUAGACAAUCGCUGAGAGAAUUGCCCUAAAGUGUGUAUAAUUAUGUGCCCCUAUAGACAUUGGCUGAGAGCUUAGACCAGAGUGGGCAUAACUAUACGUCACUACGGUAAUAUUCUCCUUAAUUUAUUUCUCCUCUGACUUAACUGUAUAAGAUCGAUAUUUGACAUUUGAUAUUCACCUCUAACUCAUUUUCACGUGGCCCAAGUUAUUAUAUGGCAUUUAUUUUAAAGUCACAUUCCCACUUUGCAAAUUUAUGAGGUACCAUCUACCGACCAAUAUAUACAGCACGAAUGUUGAGAUCGUGAAUGGGCAAUGAAAAAUUAACCGCAGAAUUUGAAUUUGUAAACAAUCGGCACUCAAUGAGUUAGGGAGAUUUAUCUUUGAACGAUAGUUGCAUUUUUCAAGUUGUUAUUUUUAGUCUAAGAGUACCCCGGCACCCUCAAAAUAAAAUGCGUGGUGAAAAAACGGGAGGGAAACUGCUUUUAGUAUUUGACAUUUUUUCUUAGCAAGAAACAACACCAAUUUUACUCGUUUAUUCUUUAGCUAGUUCUGGCGUUUCACAAAUUUGCAAACGUGGAAUGCAACUUGUACAUUUAUCGUUUAUUACAAACAUCUUUAUUAGUUGAAUUGUAGUUUAGUCGGUGACCUUUAACCCGUGUUAUUGUGACCAUAAUUAUGUUAUUAUAACCAUGCUAUUCACUAACACUAUAAAUGUAUAAUUUUUAAGUAACUUGUUUUGUGAUAAUGAGGACACACUGGGAAAUAUUAAAAAGUUAAAUACACCUUUGCAUCGUUGCACUGGCAAAUGAGUAUAUGUUAGAGUCAAAUUUAAUUUUCUGAUUGAUAUAUUUAUAAAUAUCAUACAUACUAUAUGUACAUUAGAUACGGCUUGAGUUUCAGAUAUAAAACGUACGUGUUUAGUGGCAUAUUUCAAUCGUUUUGUUGUAUUUGCGAUCAUUUACAUAUAAAUAUGUCUGUUUUAUUUUGUUGAUGUUUGGUUCCAAAUAA